CAAUAAAUUCUUAGGAGAGCCACCGAAAUAUAUAUGGCAACAAAAACAGAAGACACUAGUGUGGUUGGGAAGGAGAAGAAGGCCCCAUCUUCAAAUUCUCCCAUGACAACCACCAAAAAGACCCCAACCAAGGCACCAUCCACAACAAAGAAGGCCACCUCAAGCCCAUCAGAGAAACAAGUCCCAAACUAUCUCAAGCCCACAAUCAGCUCAGGCCUUGAUUCUCACUCCUCUUUCAAGCUCCCUAGGAAUAAUGAUGGUCCCACCAAGCCCACUCUAAAUAGAAGAAGAUCUCUUGACCCAUCUUCAUCUUCAUCUUCAAGGUUACCGAAACAAACACAUACACCUUCUCUUUCAAGACAACACAAGGCCCUUGUGUCCCCUGGGCCACGCGAAAGAACACUGCCACUUCGAUCUUCUAGUGUUCCUAUUAAAACUACUAACAACGCUUCAAAACCCAUUCCAGAGAGGCUCUCAAGGACCCCAAAGGAAGGGAGAACACAACCACUGAGUGCCAAGAAGAGCCCCAACAAAGUUUUUGCUUCAACUAGUAAGAAGGUAAUGAGUAAUGAUGCUUCUUCUAACUCAUCCAACGUUUCAAAGAGUGGUGGUAUUAAUGAAUCAGAAGUUGAAGAAGCUGUAAAUGAAGAGCAGGUUGGAGAAGUGGAAAAUGUGGAUAAUCAUGAAGAACUCCCACGUCAAGUAGUUGACUCUGAACAUGAACAUCUUGAUCAAAAGCUUGAGGAGUCUGAUCAACCUCAUGUUCAAGAUGAUGAUGAGAAGGGCAUUCCUACAGUGCUAGAAGAAAAAGAGGACGAGAAUACAAACCAAUAUGAGUGCAACAUUAAUGAAAGUCAUCCAAAAAUUGAUCAUUCAACAACUGAAGAAGUUGAGUUGAAACAAGAAGAACAAGAACAAGAAGAAGGUGGGGUUGUUCACAAAAGUGAGACCAACAAUGAGGAAGAGGUAGUGGAAGAGAAGGAAGGAGUUGAAAAAGUAAUAAGUGAGGAGGUUAAAGAGUUGAGGGAAGGACAAGGUGAAGAUGAACAAGUAGAGAGUGAAGUUAAAGAAGAAAAGGUUGAGUCACCAAAGCCAAAACAAGUAGAAGAAGGAGGUUGGAUGCAAGAGAAGAAAGAGGUUCAGUCUCCAGUAUCCAAUGAUGUGAUCGAAGAGAAUGCAGGGAAGCAAUUAGAAGCGAGGAGGAAUAAAGUGAGAGCAUUGGCUGGUGCAUUCCAGAAUGUCAUUGACCAUCAAAAAAACAAGUGAUCGAGUCAAGCCACAAUUGUAUAAAUUUGAUCAUGUGAGAUACUAAUAAGAGAAAUAGAUACAGAACAGAAGAACACCUAAAUUAAAGAGAUUCUAAUGUUCACAACUUUUCUUAAUUACCUGAGAGUAGGGGCAGACGUGUUAAAAUCUGUUGAUUUUCUUCGCUAGUGGGUUUCCUUAAACAUAUGUAAUA